AUGGCUAAAUUGUUAGAUUUUGACUAUAGUGACGAAGAAGAGGAGGAGGACGAAGAAGAAAAGCAAGACGACGGAGAUAUUAAUGCCGAACCGAAUGAAUUAGCUCUUAGAUUUAUAUUUUGUAGGUCAUCUAGAAAGCAUAGUCAUCGUAGCCGAUCUAGAUCACCACGUCGAAAAAGAUCAAGGUCUCGAUCAGGUUCUCGCUCUAGAUCUAGACAUAAGCGAGAAAGAUAUUCCAGAUCACGAUCAAGAGAAAGAGAAAGGGAAAGAGAACGUGACAGAAGGCGAAGAGGUUUACCACCCAUCAAAAAAAAUCAUGUUGGAGUGUGCAGUACCACAUUAUGGCUCGGACACGUUCCUAAAACCGUUUCAGAAGUCGACUUACAAGAAACUUUUGGCGAAUUUGGAGUAGUCAGAAGUAUUGAUAUGAUACUACCAAGAGGAUGUGCCUUUGUUUGUAUGGAGAAAAGACAAGAUGCAAACAGGGCACUUCAAAAACUAAGGAAUUUAAAAUUACAGGGAUGUAAUAUUAAGAUGGCUUGGGCACCAGGGAAAGGAGUCAAAGAAAAAGAAUAUAAAUCAUACUGGGAUGUCGAAUUUGGCGUUAGUUACAUACCUUUUGAGAAACUUCCAAGUGAAACAGAACUGUCUGUUCUAGAAGAAGGAAGUAUGAUUGAUGAAGAUUCACUACCAGAAAAAUAUAGAGAAUAUCGUAAACAAAAGGAGAAGGAGAAAGUGGCAUACGAGACAGCAAAGCACAUGAAUAAUCCUUUACCGAACUCACAGGACGGGAUUAAAACGGAAGGGACUUCUACCAUCACCUCUAAUGUUAGUAGCAGCAUCGCGUCAACCAUGUCUGUUCCGAUAAUGGUUCCUCCCAUGGUACAGACGCAGUAUGGAAUUCCCAUGCCAGGCCUGAUGCACCACCAGCACAUGGUGAUGCCUCCUCCGGUGCCGAUGGGAGUUCCUCCUCCGAACCCAAUGCUGAUGGUUCCGCCUACUUCACAGCCUAUUCUGGGAGCACCUCUUCCGGUCAUUCCCCCCAUACCCUCAGGCCCAAUGAACAUGCCUCCCGGCGUUCCAGGCCCCCACGUACCCACGUCUACUGCUGCUGUUCCCAACAGUGUUGCCGCCUCUUCUGCAGAUACGUCCAAUCAGCCGGCGGGCGAUGCCACACCAACGGAAGAAGAUGGCACUAGCAAUGUCGUGACCACCAGCACUGUGCAGACGUCCAUUCCGGCCGCGGUUCCCUCAACGUUGCCACCUCUGGGCACGCUACCUUCUCUCGGCCAACCCCCAUACGGAUCUUCAAUGGGAAUGCAACAUCCCAUGCCCCACAGCACCGCCAAUCCUCCUCCAUUUCCACCUCCCGGCGGUGUCAACUUCCCGCCUUCCAACAGACACAUGCUGCAGUCGCCUCAGACCAUGGGUGCCACACCGCCCAACUGGAAACCCAACAGCAGCUUUUUGGGGGACAAUGACCUGCGAUAUUCUGUCCCUCCUUCUGGCGCGGUCUCUCAGAGUAUGGCUUCAGCAGGUGCUGCGCCAUCCAGACCGCCCUCCAACUUUGCCACAGGGAAUCCAGAUGGUCGUCUUGUUCCGCCAGCACCUGCACCCGGAAACCAUUCCACAAACCCUCCGGGAGAUGCUGGUGGCUCCAAAUUUGGAAACCAGGACCAGUCAUCGGGACACCAGAACUUCUCGGCCGUGCAUGGACCUGGUCCAGGCGCAAGGAAUCCCCACAUCAACAUGAACAGGCCACCAAUGAAUCCUCCCAUGCCCCAUCCCGACAACAUGAGUGCCGACCCGCUCAGAGGACCCGAAGCCAGGAGGGACGUAAGAGGAAAUUCUCAGGAUGCUUUUGUCAACAAACACCAGGAAAUGCUCCCACGCAUGGUGGGUUCACAGGAAGCUCCGAGACCGUUUUUGCCGCCCAGAGCCCACGGACCACCUCCGGGCAUCCCCAUGGAAGAUCCAGGGCUGAGGGCCAGAGGGCCGAUAUUCCCCGGUCCCCGUAAUUUUGGACCUCGAGGACUUCCACAGAUGCACAUGCGGAACAUGGGCCCCGACUCCGUUCGCGGGCCCGGCCCCAUGGGGCCGAUGCGUCCGCGAUUCCUACACGGUCCCCGGGGGAUGGGUCCCAGAGGGAUCGGUCUUCGACCCGAAUUGGAAUUCGCCGGACACCCCAGGGGGGAGAACCCGAGAAAUUUCGGCCCGCCGCCCAGAAGAUGGAACGGCCCGGGGCCGGGACAGGGGCCCGGUCCGGGUCCCUUCCCGGAGAUGGACCGCCACGGACCGCCGCCACCCGAUUUUCACGGAAGAAGAGAGUUUUUCGAAGGUCCCCCGCCCCCUUUCGGACGAGGACAAUUUAAGGGUAGAGGCAGGAAGAACUGGAACAGAGACAUGGAAGGCGGCCACCCGUCCAACAGGCGGUUCGGCGGCGAGCCCUGGCCCAGGGAGGAGAGGGACUGGCACAGAAUAAGGGACGAGAUUUACUUCGGCCACCCCGACGACAGGGAGCAGCAGGAGGAGGGCGCCGAAGAGGAGGCCGAAUUCUACGGGGAAAGGCACCGAUUCCCCUCUCAGGACAGGAAUUUCGGCGACGACGCGGAGAGGAACGGAUGCCCAAGGAACGCGGCUGAGGAGGAGUCGGCUGACAAGGGGGCCCCUCAGCAGCAGCAACAGGAGGAAGAGUCGUCCCCCGCACCUCAGCCCGAGCGCGAGGAGCUGUCGAAGGACGCCGAAAUCACCAUCGACCAAACCACGAACGGCGGGAGCAAGGACGAGGAAUGCGCGGAGAACAGCGCGGAUGCCCCCGCCGACGCGGAGAAAGACUGUUGAUACGCAUGCGAAGAUUUCGAAACUAAACACUUAGAAAUCCGCAGCGCCCUCUGCAGAUCAUUCCAUUUCGUUCGGACCCGCGCGGGUCGCACUUAUUAAAAAAUAAUAAUAAUAAAUAAAGUGGUCGGCCCCGCUGACGUCGAUCCUUUUUUUUGUGGAGAUUUUUGCCGCUGCGAAAUCUACGGACUUCGUUUUAUCAACGGAGAACUGGAGGAACCAGAUUUUAAGAAAAAGUUUUUAAGUUCCCCGAAGAUCGAAGCGUGCGGAAAAAACGAA